AUGGACUUCGAAAGCCUGAAGAACCAGGUUAGCAAUUUGACCCUUUACGACAUCAAAGCCGGUGUCCGCAAGGUUCAGAAUGCCGUCAUGAACUUGACCGAGAUGGAGGCCAAGGUCCGAGAAGCUACAAACGGAGACCCAUGGGGAGCAUCUGCGAGUCUCAUGCAGGAAAUCGCCCAAGGCACACACAACUACCAACAACUGAACGAAAUCAUGCCUAUGAUCUACAAACGAUUUACAGACAAGACUGCGGAAGAGUGGAGGCAAAUAUACAAGGCCUUGCAACUCCUCGAGUUUCUCUGCAAAAAUGGCUCGGAGCGAGUCAUCGACGAUGCUCGAUCACACCUAUCCCUCCUCCGAAUGCUCCGCCAGUUCCAUUAUAUCGACCCAAACGGCAAAGACCAGGGUGUAAAUGUCCGCAACCGUUCUGCGGAGUUGGUGAAACUACUGAGUGAUGUUGAUACAAUCAGAUCGGAGCGGAAGAAAGCGCGCGCAAACCGACACAAAUACGGAGGAGUAGAAGGCGGAAUGGGAAUGGGUGGCGGCUUCUCCAGUGGUAGUCGAUAUGGUGGCUUUGGCAGCGAGACUGGUGGAUUUGGAGGCUACCAGGGCGAGGUCUACGGCGACGGUGGAGGCUUUGGUGGUCGCGACACCGACACCGACUAUUCGGGCACUCAGCGUCGUGGUGAACAAUUUGAGGAAUACGACGAGGCAGACGACUUCGAGACCACAAGACCGACAAGAAGCACCACCACACGUACAACGGCACCAACAACGACCACAAAACGAGAUCCGCCUAAGCCGAAAGAACCGGAGCAAGAUCUCUUUGAUUUCGGCGACGAACAGACUGCGACGAAUCAGUCGAACAGCAAGGCACCAGCAGCUCAGUCAAGCGGCUUGGAUGAUUUUGGUGGCUUACAGAGCAGCACAGCAAACGAUGACGACGAUUUUGAUGACUUUCAAUCUGCGACCAGUCCGGCGGCGACACAGCCUGUGGCGAAUCCCUUAGCUGGUAUUGCUCCUCCACCGACCACCUCAACUACGACCUCGGCCACACAGUUUGCGGCUCCAAAGCCAGUGGCUCCUGGACAGACUGCUGGUUUCAACAACAUUUUCUCAACUGCAUCUCCAGCGCCAUCGGCGACUUCCUCAGUAAUGUCGCCAACUGCGUCAACAUUUUCACCUCCACCGGCGCAAAAGCCUGCUCAGCCUUUACAACCUACUGGAUUCAGAUCUUCUGGACCGAACUAUUUUACUUCCGUCCCCAUGUCGACAAGCUCGCAACCGACUGCUACAUCGACUUCGUCAACGCCUUUUGGCGGAGCGACUCCCUCAUACACGUCCUCCACUUCUGCAGCAUCACUCGGCAAACCUGCAUCGAAACCAGUCGCGGGUAAAGGUGGGGAUGCUUUCGGAGACCUCUGGAGCAGCGCAAGUAGCAAAGCAGGAGUCAAAGGCACCACUGGACCGCAGAAGGGACCAGAUCUAGCGAGCAUGGCUAAGGCAAAAAGCCAAGCGGGGAUUUGGGGAGCGGCAUCAGCCGCGAGCUCGACGACACAAAGGCCUACUGCCUCGGGACAACCCAAACCCAGCACACCUUUGGGUAAUGGCCUGGAUGAUUUGCUUGGGUAG